AUGAAAACUCCACUAUAUCAGAACUACAUCUUUAACAAUGAAAACUAAUUGAAUUAUUCUCAAAGAUCAAUGCUCUCAGAGAAUCAACCUAAAAAAUCCUAGAAUUUCUCAAGCAUGCAUGCCUAAAAUCAAAAUGAUAAGGAAAACUAAAUGGCAAGCAAAGACUUUGUGGCAGCAAGCCAGAUCUUUAGGAAAAACAUUGAAAAUUAGUAAGCAAUGAAUCCUCAUCAAAAUUAGCAAUAUACUGCCUUGAAUCAGUCAAGUAGGGUAAACUAGCAAAAUUCAAUGAUGAAGCCUCAAAUAUUUGACUAUAACCUCAAACCCUAAGAGCCUUAAAUUCUACAGUCUAGUACCUUAGCUGCAAGAGAAAUGAAAAGCUGUCGUGCUUUGGAAAUAGCGCAGAGACUGACUUCACCACAAGCAUCCCUUAGUCAGGGAAACUAACUAAAUUUAUCUGGACUUAACAAUUCUUCUAACGGCAUAGCUAAUUUUUCAUAGAGAUCUAUUACUCCAAAUAAAACCAAUACCUACUAAAUUUAACAGAAAACUAUUGGAUCUCUAUCAAUGAACUCUUAAAGUUAUCAUGCUAAUAGUAAAUCUAGUUCAAAUUUACUCAACGGCAAAUCUUCAACUAGAAUAGCAAACUACUAAAGAGAACUCAUCUUACUCAAGCCAGAGUAAUAAAUCAGAUGCUAUGAUGAAAAAAAUACAAAACCCUAAUAAACUUCAAUAAACAUCAUCCUCUGCUAGUAUCAGAGGGUAGACUCUGCUACGAAUGCCUUAAGAUAGCAGAGCGCUGUUAAGUAAUAAACUGCCACUUCUAAAUAUAGAUCACAAACUAAUUCAAUAAGAAAAACUUUUGGUUAAGAGCGUAAAUAUUCUUUUUCAAGUUGUCCAGCUAAUAACCUAAAUUAAAAUUCAUAUCAGAAAAGUAAUGAGAAUGAAACAAUGUCGACUAAGGAUGAAACUUCAUCAAUGUAAUCUUCUCAAUCACAAGCAUCUUUGUAGUCUUAAAUCUAAUCGUAGCAGACGUCAAAGAAAGAUACGCCAGUAUUGAUGAAGCCUCUAAGAGAACAUAUAGUCUUAGGUCUGAAGAAUAUAGGAAACACUUGCUAUAUGAAUUCAAUACUUUAAUGCAUAUUUGUAACACCUAAACUGACUGAAUACUUUUUAGAAGGAGGAUUUAAAAAGGAAUAUGAGGCUAGUUCAAGACAGAUUCUACUAGGCAAGGACUUUUACUUACUUUUAUCAGCCAUUUAGAAUGCAAAGUAAGGCCAAGGUGUUGCUGUUCCAUCUGAUUUGAAGCAGUCUAUCAGUAAAAAGUCACCUUAGUUUAGAUCUAGUGGUUAGUAGGAUGCCUAAGAAUUCCUUCGAUGCUUCCUGGAGCAGCUAAAUGAAGAGUUAAACAGAGUAAUCAUUAAGCCACCAUAUCAAGAGAUAAACUUUGAUAAUCUAAGUCUUCUUUAGCAAAGCUAGGGAUGGUGGAAAUAUAACAAAUCAAGAGAAAACUCACUUAUUUAGGAUAUCUUUGAAGGUUAAUUGUUCCUAAAGACUCAAUGCUAGAUAUGUGGAUACGAAUCUUACAAGUUUGACAACUAUAUGGAUCUAAGCAUCCCAAUUCCAAUAAAAAAUACUAGAAGUGGAAGAAGUACAUUUGAUAAUGCAGUUUAAUUGGAGGAUUGUCUUAAUGCAUUUAUUCAGGAGGAAGAUAUGGAGAAAUGCGGUUAUAAAUGCUAAAAAUGCAAAAGCGAAGAUAACUUUAAGAAUCAAAUGACAGUUUGGAAAUAUCCUUAAAUUCUUGUUAUACAUCUGAAGAGAUUUCAAUACAGCACUAGUUGGAAGCAGAAACUUAAUGUUAAAGUAAAUAUUCCCUUUGAGAUCGAUAUGAGAAAAUAUGCACCAUACUCAAGUAAUGAUUUCUCACAACUAACUUUUUUAGAGGAUGAGCAAAUUCUUAAAAAUAACACAAAGUACUCAUUAUAUGGUAUGUGCCAUCAUUUUGGAUCUUUGUAUGGAGGACAUUACUUAUCUUGUAAUGACUCAAUUGUUUAACAAAUAGAUGCUCCAAAUAAUAUCAACUCUGAGUCGGCUUAUUUACUCUUCUAUCAGUUGCAGGAGAUGCCAAAGAAUGAAGGAAAUUUCAACUCAAAGCUUUGA